CAAAAAUAUUGCAAUCCUAGUGUCGUGCAUUACAACACGUGGACAUGAAAAUGUCCGACAUUCAACUCCCCUAUUUCUCAUCCCCUUUCAUCUCUUUGCUGUCCUCUACAACUUCUUUUACAAAUUUUCUGUUUGUUUCUCGUCAUUUCCUCAUCAGAUAUUCAACGCCUUUCAACUCAACACUUUCUUGGAAAUUUAAGCACCACAGAUACUUCUUCAAUUUGUAAUAUACAGUAGGCUUGUAAGCUUUUCGGGGAUUAUAUAAUGUCGUCUCCAAGCAAAAGGAGGGAGAUGGAUGUCAUGAAGUUGAUGAUGAGUGAUUACAAUGUGGAGACAAUAAAUGAUGGGCUGAAUGAAUUUAAUGUGGAGUUUCAUGGUCCUAAAGAAAGCGUUUAUGAAGGUGGAAUCUGGAAAAUCCGAGUUGAACUUCCUGAUGCUUAUCCAUAUAAGUCUCCAUCUAUUGGGUUUGUGAACAAGAUAUACCACCCCAAUGUUGAUGAACUUCUGUUCAUUGAUUACAGUUCUGGUUCUGUAUGCUUGGAUGUUAUCAACCAGUCAUGGAGUCCGAUGUUUGAUCUUUUGAAUAUUUUUGAAGUAUUUUUGCCUCAGCUGUUGCUUUAUCCAAAUCCUUCCGAUCCACUCAAUGGUGAUGCAGCUUCAUUAAUGAUGAAGAAUCGAGAACAGUAUGAUGAAAAAGUAAAAGAGUACCGUGAUAAAUACGCGAAGAAGGGAAAUAUCAUGAACUCUACAGCUGAAGAGCUGAGUGACGAGGAGGAGGCCAGUGAUGAAGAAAGCGGAUCAAGCGAUGAUGAUUUUGCUGGACAUGUAGACCCGUAAAGAACUUCAGGCAAGAAACCAUAGAUUAUGUUCCACUUGUUAACAUUAUCGGUACAAUAUUAGUUAUGCAGCUACCUUUCAUUUGCUUGUAAGAUUAUGUUGUUGUAAGCAUUUCUUUUUCCCAGUAUAGGAAAAUAGUUAGAAUUGUUAGAAAUUAUUUGUUGAUUUGAAUGGAUGACUAAUGUUAUUUUGAAAUGGAUGAAAAGUAUCUAGUUAAU